GGCCGAUUUGGACACACACCCCGUCAUCUUCUUCUUGUUCUGUGCCGCACUCUCGCUCGCAGUUACAGAAACCAUGACGACGGUGGUGCCCACCUCCGAAGAAGACGCUGCCCUCUCUGUUGUCCGAUUCGCCUCUGAACUCGCCUGGGCCGAUGCCGGUCCCGAGGUUGCUGAGCCUCAAGUUAGUAGACUAUGCAUGGAGGCUGAAGAGUUUAUCGUUAUGGGAAAAUGGUUGGAACUAGCAUCAUUGAUGAUUACCUCUGCUGAAUUGGUUUUCUCAAAGGUUUCUGAAACAGAUAUAGAGUCCAUCUUCACUAUCAUCUGCAAUCUUGUGACCAAGACUGAGAAUCCAGAUGAAGUGAUGGAGAUUGUAAAAGUUAUAACUGCAAAAAUAAUUCAGCAGCCAAACGAAAAGCCUGCUGUGCGAUUGAAGACUUUGAUCAAUCUGUACAAUCUUUUGGAGACUCCAUACUGCCAGUUUUAUGUCUACAUGAAGGCAUUGAAUUUAGCUGUUAAUGGGAAAGUCACAGAAUACAUUAUACCUUCAUUCAAAAAGAUAGAUAGCUUCUUGAAAGAGUGGAAAAUUGGGAUACCUGAACAGAGAGAGCUCUUUCUCACUAUCUCUAAUAUUUUGAAGGAAAAUAAAAGCAUGUCAAAGGAUGCUUUUAAGUUCCUGAGCAAUUAUCUGUCGACCUUUUCGGGAGAAGAUGCACAUGUUUUGAGUGAAGCCAAGGAGGAGGCCGCACGUGCAAUUGUGGAAUUUGUCAGAGCUCCUGACAUAUAUCAGUGUGAUUUGCUUGACUUGCCUGCUGUUGGGCAACUGGAGAAGGAUGCCAAAUAUGCUCUGUUAUAUCAGCUUCUUAAGAUUUUUCUUACCCAGAGGCUAGAUGCAUACUUAGAAUAUCAAGCUGCAAAUUCCACCUUGUUGAAAAACUAUGGCCUUGUGCCUGAAGAAUGCAUUUCCAAAAUGAGGCUGAUGUCAUUGAUGGAUCUUACCUCUGAUGGUUCUGGCCAAAUUCCAUAUGAACUUAUUAGGGACACACUUCAGAUCAAUGAUGAUGAAGUGGAACUAUGGGUGGUUAGAGCAAUAACUGCCAAGUUAAUUGACUGUAAGAUGGACCAAAUGCAUCAAUCAGUAGUUGUUAGUCAUCCUACUGAUCGUGUGUUUGGUCAGCACCAAUGGCAAGCACUGAGAACAAAGCUAGCGACAUGGAGAGGAAACAUUGCAAAUGUUAUCAGUACCAUUCAGGCCAACAAAAUAACGGAGGAUGGGUCUCAGGCAGCCCAAGGUUUGGUAGUUAGGUGAGAGGACGUUUUCAACUGAAGCAAUUUUCUGAAGCAUAUAGAUUUUAUCCCGGUGAAGUUUUUUUUAAUCUUAAAACAGAGAAGGAAAAAAUUUUACUCCCCAACUUUGUGACAGAACCAUUUUGUUUUAAGCUUUUCCAUUUUGAUGUUAUGUUUGACCAGCCUCACGAUAGCGUUGAGUAUAUUAUACCUGUGGACUGUUGUCCAAGUAGCUCCUAGGAAUCAAUAUACAGCCAUUUAACUUUUAGUGUUUUCUGAACAAAUUGUUCACUGAUUACACGAUCGUUCAUAGUUAGACCAGAUAGACAUGGAAUCAAUAUACAUCUUUGCUGAAUAGCUCUUGAUAGA